AUGGCCUACACAAAAUCGAACCGCCUUGUCUACAAGGUGUUGGAUGGGCAGGAAAUCGAUGUUGAAACCUAUCUGCCAGCGACUGAGAAGAAGGCCAGCAGAGGACAGCCCGUCAUCAUCGAUAUCCAUGGAGGUGCCUUUAUGCUGGGUGCCUCGGGCAUGGUGAACAAGGACCAGGUCGAGGAUUGCCUGAGCCGUGGAUGGAUAGUAUUGGUCCCCAAUCAUCGGUUGUGCCCGCAGGUCGACCUUCUGGAGGGACCCAUGAAGGACUGCCGUGACUUAUUGGCUUGGAUCUAUGAUGGCAGUCUGCAGAAGCAAUUAUCGACUGUUCAGGGAGACGAGUUCAGGGUCGAUCUCGAUCACGUUUUCGCAUUUGGCACAUCUUCUGGAGGCACAUUGGCUCUCAGCCUGGGCUUUGGCGUUCCGCGCCCCGUGGCUGGAAUCUUUGACAUGUACGGACCUUGCAACUUUGCCGACCCGUUCUGGACUAGUCCCCUGCCGCACAUGCAGGCGAGGCUGCCGCCGCUGGCCGCCGACUUUAUCGCCAAGAUUUACGACGAGAAGCCGGUGCCCAUCGUGGGCGGCGUCUCGCUCGAGGGCCAGGCGACGGGCGGUCCCAACUUUGGCGAUCCGCGGGUCGCCUUUGCCAUGACCCAGAUUGGCAACGGCACCGUCAUGGAUGCCAUUUACCCGUCCAAGGACUGGGCAAAGGUCGACCCGCUGCUCAAUGUUGAUGGUGCCUCGUUCCCGCCCACCUACAUUGUUCACGGCUUGGCCGAUACCAUGGUGCCCAUCAGCCUGAGCAGAGACUUGUAUGCUGUAUUGCAGCAGAAGGGCGUCAAGUGUGAGAUGACUGAAGUGCCAGAUGAGGAGCACACGUUUGCUGGCAAAAUGAAGGUUGGAAGUCAGACGUGGGACCUCCAGCGGAAAGGGUUUGAUUUCUUGGAGAGUCUGAUAGUCUAA